AUGGUGAAGGUAUCUUCUCUUUUUUUCAUUUUCGCGGCUAUUGCAUCCACAAAUGCCGCCAUUUUACGUCGCCAAUCGCCUAAAAAUGGUCUCAGCGUAACAAUAGAGAGUAUAGAUCUCUACUGUUCGUUUCUUCCAAAAGAAGCCGGUGGAAAUAUUGGUGCAAGCGAAAGUGAUGCUAUCACAUUCUGCACUCAAGAAAACCCUCCCAAUGCACCGGGCGCCAAGCUUUUCCCUGCAGGAUUCCUUAAGACAGCGCAUUUUCUUAAAACAGAGAAGUACGUCCAAGUCACUGGCACCAUUGACGGUUCUGCGUACGGAUUGAGCUCAAGUGAUGGAGGUGGCCAAUAUGAUAAUCAAGGCGAUGGUUCCCCUCCUGGUGCAUUAUGCACAGGUUAUGAGAAAUUUGUGAAUCUUGUCGAGCCUGAUAUUGGCUUAUUCUGUAUUCGUUGUUGUACUGAUCCUUCCGAUUGCAAUACUGGAGAAAGUACUGAGGGAUGUCAGAAAAUCAUCCCUGGUAAUUACACUUGA